AUGCUUCCAAAUCAAACUUUAUACCUUACUGGAAUCGGUGUUUGCAUAAUAGUUGUGCUGUAUUUCAAAAGAAAACUUUCACCAUCUAUUUUGUCGUUUGUGAAUACUCCACUAAAGCUUUCUCAAAAAAAGCCAAUAAUUUUGACCUGGACUAGGUUUUUUCGUGAUGAUUUAGCCGUUGUAACGAGAGACUCUGAAUGCCUGCAUGAAUGCUUCAUUACUGAAGACAGAAGCUACUUAAGAGUUGCUGAUGCAGUUGUUUUUCAUCUUUUUAAUAUGCGCCGAUCUGAUUUACCUUUAUUUCGUCUACCAAGGCAGUAUUAUAUAUUUCUCACUUUUGAGUCGCCUGAACACAGAAUCAGAACAUUGGUGAAAAAAUAUAAAAGAACAAAAAAUGAUCAGGAUUACCAAAUUCCAGAUAAUUUUUUUAACCUGACAGUUACAUACAGGGCAGAUUCAGAUAUAUAUGCUCCGUAUGGUCACUUUUUGAGAAUUGAGGACAAUAGGCAAAGAAGUAUUGGCGUGCAAUAUGAUGUCAAGAGCAUUUUUGAACGACCAAAUCUUGUGCUGCAGUUAGUGUCCAACUGUAGAACGCCAUCUCGUCGAGAAAAUUACGUUGAUCAACUAAAGCAGUACAUAAAUAUUACUCAACUUGGCAAAUGUUUUGGUAGAGAAUGUUCACCGGAGUGUGAAACUAGUGCCAUUAGUAUGCUUUUAAUGCAAAACUGUUGUAAUGAUCGUAAAAGAAAGUUUUGCUUAUUUCACCAUCCAAGAUUUGAAGCAAUGAGCGGCGAUUUCAUUAAAGUUCCACAUAGUAAACACAAAUUUUACUUAUCUUUUGAAAAUAGUGUCUGUCAAGACUACAUUACGGAAAAAAUAUUUGAUCGGCUAGGAUAUAUGUUGCCAGUACUUCGAGUGGACAAAGCAUUGGAAAUUAGGGCGAACAAAUCACGCAUGUCUUCUGUGUAA